AAAGAAAGCUCAUAGUUGUGAAAAGUGAAAAAAUUGGUUCCCCACUGUUCAGUAAAUAUGGAACAUGAAAUGUAUUUAUGCCGGAAAAUAAACAUGUCGAUCCCUUUUUAUAAUUAUGAAUCCUAAAAAUGACAUGCUAACAACCAUCCAUAAUUUACUGUAUGUUAUGUCAAUAUUGCAGCCUCACGGUUAUGUGGAUAUGGACUUCCGAUGAUUUAUCUUUUUGUUAACUGAUAAUUCCCUAGAAGUGUUUAACAGACCAAAUGUUUAUAAUAUAUAAUGGAGGAUAAUUGAUGUUCUUUAUAAUUCAACAAUACCUCAUAUAAUAAAUGGAAAUAAUAUUAGGCAGUCUAUGGAGUUGACAAUGACACAUUCAUCGAUUGCAACCAGAUCUAUACCAUUUAUUAGUAUAAGAGAUUUUAAUUUCAGUGCCAGUACCAUGGAACACUCUAGAAUAUUUGCAAAUAAUAUAUCAUCUACUAUAGAAGAGAUCAGGCCUUUUGUAGAACAUCAACCUGGAAUUUCAUUAAGUUCAUUAUUAAAUAUUCAAAGAAUACAAACUCCAUUAAGUACAAUAAUUCCUUCAGCGGAUAAUUAUAUAAUUAAUAUUGAAGAUCAACCAAUAAGUGGUACACAUCCACAUAAUGGUCCCGACCAUAACCAUCAUCAUCAUCAAAUAACUGCAACAGAUAAUUUUUUAAAUAAUAUUCGUGAAGCUGCAAAUGAAGUUGUAGGAGAAAACCACAAUAAUAAUAGUAACAUUGCCAUUAAUCAUAAUAACAACAACAAUAAUAAUAACAUAGAGGAAAAUUCUGCAGAUGCACUACAAGGUAGUGUAGAAGCACGUGCAUUACUUAGAGGAUUUCGAAAGUACAUCCUCUUUAUUUCUCUUCUACUUGCAAAAGGUCUUUAUGACCAUAAAGCUGGUGUUUUCAACUUCAUAGUAUUGUUUGUUACGUUUAAUCAUGCUAAUAAUGUUGUGAAACGUGAAAUUGCAAAACAAAAUAAUAAAAGUUGGAUUUCACUUUUAGUUAUUACAUGUUAUGUUCUUGCAUGUAUAGUUUUUAUAAAUUUUGAAUAUGAUACACAUAUAUUUUCUCCUUAUACCCAGCCUCUUACAAUCUGGGAAUUAAUGUGGUCAGUUUUGAUAACAGAUUUUAUUUUAAAACUCAUUACCAUUGUUUGUAAAGUGUUUUUAACAUGCCUACCCUCCAAACUUUUGGCACUUCGACAAAAAGGGAAAUAUUAUCUCGUGUUGGAAGCAACAUCUCAAUUUUAUCGAUGUAUUGCACCUGUACAGCCAUGGUUAUAUUACUUUUUUGAAGCAUACCAAGGUCCUGAAAAAAUUUUAGGAGUGUUUAUCUCUGUAUUAUAUAUAGUGAGUAAGGGAACUGAUUUAUUAUCUUGUUUGAAGUUACUUCAAACUGCAGUUUGCAAAUUAUUCCAAAACAUGAAUUUGGGAGUGUCACCAUCCAAAGAACAGUUAAUGGCAUCAGGUGGCAUCUGUGCAAUUUGUCAUGAAGAAUAUUCAAUGCCAGUGAGAUUACAUUGUAAUCAUAUUUUCUGUGAAACAUGUGUUUUAACCUGGUUAGACAGAGAACGUUCGUGUCCGUUAUGUCGUGCAGUAAUUACGGAUGAUCCUAUUUAUCGAGACGGCCAUACAACUUAUUCUAUUCAGUUAUAUUGA